AGCAAGAUGGCGGCGCCCAGGAGCCGGUGAGGUGAGAGGACGCGGGGAUCCUAGGGACUGCUGCACCAGUGCGUUAUGGCCGCGUCCCCGCACACUAUUUCCUCGCGCCUCCUCACAGGCUCAGUAGGAGGAUGUGUGUGGUAUUUAGAGAGAAGAGCUAUACAGGGGUUGCCACACAGGGUCACACAUCUGUUCAGGAAUGUCAAUAAUCAGUGGGUCACGGUCCAGCACUUGAGUUUCCUCAAGCGCAUGUAUGUCACACAGCUGCACAGGGGCCUUAGCCAGCGAGUCAAACCAAAGCCAGAGCCACCGGCUUCUCCUUUCCUUGAACACACCUCUUCAGGGCAGGCUAGAGCAGGAGUGGAUGAGCUGCCAUCUUUCCCAGCACCUAGUCUGCCUCUGUCCCAGAAGCCAGAUGAGGAGUUGGUGGAGCUGGAGACGACCUCCAUAGUGGACCAUUCCCUUGAUACAGCCAAAGAGAAAAAGGAAGAAAGGCAGUGGAAAGAGAUGAAGCUUCACACUGACGAUCUGCCUGGCAUUUUGGCCCGGCUGUCCAAGAUCAAACUCACAGCUCUUGUGGUAAGCACCACUUCAGCAGGCUUCGCACUGGCUCCAGGCCCUUUCGACUGGUCCUGCUUCCUGCUUACAUCCCUUGGAACUGGUCUUGCAUCCUGUGCUGCCAACUCCAUCAAUCAGUUUUUUGAGGUGCCAUUUGACUCAAACAUGAGUAGAACAAAGAACAGGCCUCUGGUUCGCGGACAGAUAAGACAGGUCACUGUUGUAGCUCUUGUGGUUCAGAGCUGGCCCUUGAUCACUAAGGAAGUUGUUUUUCUCUGCCAUGGCCCUGCAUCCACUUCCGUCAAGUCUUACAGGUUUCAGAUUGCUGGUCACCUGGCACAGGCCUCCCAAGUUCACUUUGAGGCUGUGAGAGCCUUGCUUAGGAGAUGUCCACUGGCACCUAACUGUUUCCUCUUCUCCCCACACCUCCUCACAGGAGCACUUCUUCUGGGAGGGAUCCUCUACUCCUGGCAGUUCCCCCACUUCAAUGCCCUGAGCUGGGGCCUCCGCGAAGACUACUCCCGAGGAGGCUACUGCAUGAUGUCCGUCACCCACCCAGCCCUCUGCCGGCGGGUGGCACUGCGCCACUGCCUGGCCCUGAUUGCUCUGUCAACUGCUGCCCCUGUCUUGGACAUCACCACGUGGGUCUUCCCUGUCAUCUCCCUCCCCAUCAACCUGUACAUUUCCUACCUCGGCUUGCGCUUCUAUGUGGACGCAGACCGCAGGAGCUCAAGGAAACUGUUCUUCUGCAGCCUGUGGCACCUGCCGCUGCUGCUGCUGCUCAUGCUCACCUGUAAGCAGCGGCCUGGCCAGGAGGGGGACAAGGGAGAGGCUCCAAGCUGAAAGCUAGCCACUCUGUGGGGAACACGAGAGCAGACACGAGAGCAGACACGUACAGCACUGCCCUAGGCCAGCAGGAAGCGGAUUUUGGUGAAUCUGACAAAAGGAGAAUUGCUGGUGGCAGAUCAUCUGGUGCUGUGUUGUCACUUACAGUCCUUUUAAUGUUAAUAUCCAACCUGCUUCCCAAAUGGGAAAGGGACUAGCAGACGGGGUCAGUACAAAAAAAAAAGAGUAUUUCUUCUCCUCGAAGGUCUUUAUGCAUCUUUCCCUCCAGCCCUGUGUUCUCUCACCACAUGAUGUACAUCCUCCUCUCCCAUCCCCACCCCAGCCCCCGACACGCACACACGCACACGCACACACACUCACACUCACCACCUGGAGGCCACCGUGGUCAUUGCUCAAACAGGCGAGUGCUUGUGACUCUAGUUCCACAUCCUGAAACUCCCACACACUGCCUUAGAAGAAUGUAUACUGUGGCUGCAGCACCCCUUAUCUGCCAGGGAGAUGGGGCCUCACUAGCUUUCUCUACCCCAGCAGUGUUCUCAACCGCAUAUUCCCUCAAGUAACACAACACCCAGCCUGGGCUACUCACUGGGAGUGAGGGUUCCAAAUGGUCGCCUGCAGAAUCCCAGGCUGCACUGGCAGCACACAUCGUCACUUUCAGUCCCACCCCAUACCAGGACUUCAGAAACCCCAGGAAACACACCGCGUGUUCGUCAUUCUCUCAGGCAUGGUCUGAGCAUUUCUUUUUGGAAGGGCGUCCCUCAGCAUAAUCCAGGAGAGAGGGUGAACUCAGCAGCCCUUUUGUGCCCACUUAUCCCUUUCAUGCAAACCACAUUUCCACACUGCUGCCUCCUGAGUCCAGAAGUUGGCCUCUGUGCCCAGUGGUGUUCAGAGAGGGCCAGCCGGGCUCCUAGUGUCCAUGGGUCCAGUUCUGGGACUUCAUGGCCUCUGAUAACAAAAUGCAGGUACCUCUUCAGCCUGUUGUAUGCUCCCCCAGGUCCACAGAGAGGAAUGUUGCCUUAAAAUUGUGGAGCUUGCAGUGUUUGAGUUCCUUGAUUUCCCGGGAUGCUGUGUCCUGGUCGGGAUUCCCUCAAGGGGUUUAAGCCACGUGAAAAACAGUUCUUGAAUGUGGACUGUUCUCUCAAAAUGUGGAAGGAAGGCUUGAGCUGUGGCCCAAAGGAAGAGCACUUACUUAGCUCUGGGCUCAGGGUUUGAACUCAAGCACCACAGGGAAGGGGGAGGGGGACGGGAUGGUGUCUAGAGUGCCUGCAGACAGGGGCCUGGUACCUCUCUCUACCUGUUGUGACAUUCCCUCCUGGCUGUGUCCUGUAGGGACAGGCAAUGGGGAUGUCUGCAAAGGGCAGCUAGGACUUGUUGCAGCUUUGAAAUCUGUAAAGUGUGUUGAUUUUCCUCCUCCUGCAAUAAAACAGUUAAAAACAGGAGCGUGUGUCCUGUGUCACCCAGUCAUCCCAAGCCCCACAGAUUCAGCACCUGAUCCCUCCAGGAGCUAGCUGCCAGCUACAGCUCGUCUGUAUUUCCUUUUUUCAUUUUUCCUAACUCUAAAUUGACAAAUUAUACUUGUAUCUAUUUAUAGAACACAGAGUGGUGUGAUUUUUGAAUCCACAUAGCAGGGUCAUAGCAUAACUGUUGUCUCAAGUGGGCAUCACUCUGAUGAUGAUAUCUAAAGUUCAGUGGGUUUUGAAAUGUAUAAUGUGUUAUUUUUUACUGUAUUUACCACACACUACAGUGUUUUAAAAAUAAAUAAAUAAUGCCCCUCCCACCUCC